AUGGCUUUUCAUAAUUGCCCUGCUUCUUUUUGGCGUUCUUUGAAUGUGGUUCCUUGUCAUCAGAACUCCAGAGUUGAUAUGUGUUCGAAUAUUUGGGUGUUCGUUCAUCCUGUUGUUUUUGUCAGAAUUGAGUUAUCUACUGAUCAGACGGUUUUCAUUGGUGAUUUCAAUGCUGUUAAGGGAGCUCAUGAACGGAUUAGCACCCGUCUCCCAAAUGCAGCCGCCUGCAGAGAGUUCAACGAUUUUAUUGCUGCUUCUGGGUUUGUGGAACCCCAGACUUCUGGUCUUCGAUUUACUUGGUCGGGCCGGAGGUUUAUGCCUUCUCAUGUUGAGUCAGUUCUUGACAGGGCAAUUGUUUCGAAUUCUUUUUCCGAUAACUGGCAGUCUAUAACGUCACAUGCUCUUCCCCGUGUGACGUCUGAUGAUGCGCCAUUGGUGCUUAUUUGUUGUCAAGCCCAGCAGACUAGUCGUCGUUUCUUCAAGUUCUUACAUAUGUGGACUAGUCAUCCGGAUUUUGAGAGUUUCGUUGAAAAAUCUUGGCGGAACACGGUGGACACGCGAUGUCCGAUUUAUAGGGUUAUGUUUAAGCUUAAACGGCUGCGAAAAGAGCUGCAAAAUUGGAAUAGAUCUGUCUUUGGGAAUGUUGAUAUUUCAAUCGCUACUGCGCAGCAGGAGUUAUUGGAGAUUCAGGCUCAGAUUUCACAAGAAGGGUAUACGGAUGCGCUUUUUGACGCUGAGGAGGAGAUUGGUGGUCAUAUUGUUCAGUUUUUUACUAGUCUCUUUGCAGAAGAUCAAACAGCUGAGGUGGAUAUUGUGCAGAUUGAGGCUGUUAUUGAGCACACGGUUUCUUCGGCUCAGAAUGCCUUUCUGUCUAGGAUUCCUGAUCAGGAGGAGAUUACUGCUGCGGUUUUUGACAUGGAUCCACACAGUGCUGCGGGUCCGGAUGGCUUUUGUGGUCGGUUCUAUCAUGCUUGCUGGAGUAUCAUUAAGCAGGAUAUCUGGGAGGCUGUUAGGAAUUUCUUUGUGGCUUCCUAUCUUCCGACAGGUUGCAACUCCAAUACUUUGAUUCUCAUUCCGAAGAAAGAGACGGUGAAUUCAGUUACUGAUCUGAGGCCUAUUGUGCUUUCGAAUUUCAUUUUCAAAAUCAUUUCGAAAGUUUUGGCUACGAGGCUGAGCGGUGUGGCGGCGGAGUUGGUCUCCAAGCAUCAGUUUGGUUUUGUUAGAGGUCGUUCCAUUCAUGACUGCAUUAUGCUUGGUUCUGAGGGGGUUAACUGCCUCAAGCGUUCUCAUGGGGGGAUUAACAUGGCUUGUAAGAUUGAUAUCAGAAAGGCUUUUGAUACUUUACGUUGGGAUUUUCUUCUUAAGUGUUCUAGAGGCGUCAGGCAGGGGGAUCCUUUGUCCCCAAUUUUAUUUGGAAUUGCUGAAGAUGUGCUCAGUGUCCUCUUCCAGAAUUGUGUUGAUUCUGGUAAUCUUGUUCCAAUGAAAAUUACCAGAGGUACUGCUUUCCCUACUCAUCUUCUUUAUGCAGAUGAUAUUUUGGUGUUUGGUCGUGCAACGACUGCGAAUGCUCGAAAGAUCACUCAUAUUUUUGAGUUUUAUGGCUCUCUUUCCGGUCAGAUCUGUUCUAUGGAGAAAUCUCACGUUUAUUUUGGGGACAAGACUCCUAACAGGUUGAAACGUCAUAUCAUUAAUAUUUUGAAGUUCAGGAAGGGAUCUCUGCCGUUCAAUUAUCUAGGCGUGCCUAUUUUCUCUGGGCGGGUCAAAGCCUCUUUCUUGCGUGCAAUUCAUGAUCGGAUAAUUCUCAAGUUUGCUAGAUGGAAGGGCAUGCAGCUUUCUAUGGCUGGUAGAAUUUGUUUGGUGAAGUCUGUGAUUCAGAGUUCUAUUACGCAUUCUAUGAUGGUGUAUCGCUGGCCGAGAAGUCUCAUUAAGGAGCUGGAUUUGAAGUGUCGGAAUUUUAUCUGGACUGGCGAUGUCUCCAAGAGACCCAGCUGCCCGGUUCGUUGGGCGAGGGUGUGUGCUAUUAAGGAGGAGGGUGGUCUUGGAAUUCGUUCAUUUGAUAUUAUGAACAAGAGCUACUUGAUGAAGAUGGCGUGGAACAUUAUUGGUGGGCAUAGUUUCAGUCAUCAGAUUAUGCGCAGUAGAUAUUUGACGCCGCUUUGCCGUCCUACCAAGGUGGCGGCGUCUUCGAUCUGGUUGGGCUUGAGGCUGGAAAUCACUAAGUUAGUUGAUGACACUGAUUGUUAUGUGGGUGAAGGAACUUCGAUCAAUUUUUGGAUUGAUGAUUGGCUUGGUUACUCUCUUGUGAAGCGCUGUGGUGUCCCGGAUUUUCUUUUGCAGACGCUGACUUGCUCAGUGGCGGAUUAUUUUUAUGAAGGGAUUUGGCAUUUCACUCAAAACUUUAUAAAUGUCUUCCCAGAAAUCGUUUGUGAUAUCCUGCUGCUUCUUGUCGGGGAGGGUUCGGAUGAUAGGUUUUGGAAGAGUUCUGUGCAUGGUACGGUCUCUGCUACCGCAGCUUUCUCAAAACGCUGUCAUGGGUUUCCUUAUGUUAAGUGGGGUUCUUGGAUUUGGGAAAAUUUCAUCCCGGUUCGACGUUCGUUGCUUUGUUGGAGGCUGAUUCAUAACCGUUUACCUACUUUUGAUUGCCUCAUUAAGCAAGGACUGAUUAUGCCUAAUUUUUGCUGUUUUUGCUAUAGGAGUGGGGAGUCUAUCGAUCAUCUUUUCUGGCAAUGCAGCGAGCUUAGACAUGUUUGGGAGGAGUUCCUAAACUGGUUUAAUUUUAAUGGUGAACAUGUUGAUAUCCAUUGUUUCUUAGUUACUGCAUGGAAUCAUAAGCCUAGCUCUCAAGUUCUGACGUACUGGAAGGCUGGUAUUAUUUAUCUUCUUUGGGCUAUUUGGCAUCAAAGAAACGAGUGUGUGUUCAAAGGGAAGGUUUUUAGCAGGCAGCGUUUGCUACAACACAUUAGGAUUACUUUUAAAGAAGUUGAAGCUAACUUCAGCAAGUUGGGUUGUAUGAAUAACAGUUGGUCGGAUUAUUUGAUUAUUAGGAGGAUUGGGGUGGCGUCUAAAGCCUCGCCGCCUCCUAUUUUUGUGAAUGUGCAUUGGUGGCCUCCGAUUCUACAGUGGAUUAAGGUCAACACUGAUGGCUCUGCUUUGGGAGCUCCGGGGAAGAUCGCUGCUGGCGGAGUUUUUCGGGAUAAUCAUGGUUGUGUCCGUGGGUGUUUUCAUCAAGAUGGUGGCAAAGGGUUUGCCUUUGAAGCGGAGCUUCUUGCGGUCAUUCUCGCGAUUCAAAUUGCGCAUGAGCGGAACUGGCGGUUUUUAUGGGUGGAAUCAGAUUCUACUUAUAUUGUGAAUAUUUUUGGAAGGCGGGAUUAUUUGGUUCCGUGGCGCUUCGUGGCUGCUUGGAAGAAGACCUUGGGUUUGCUUAGAGAUUUCAACUUGCAGGUUACUCAUAUUUACAGGGAGGGCAAUAAGCCGGCGGAUAUUAUGGCAAGCGAGGGGGUGCCAAAUGGUUGGUGGCUCCAUGCGAUUGAGGCUAUCAAGACGGCGGUUGGUCUUGACAUGGCUUCUCACAGCCACGUUCGUUUACGUUAUUGA